CUCAGAGCCCAAAAACAUAGAAGAGAGGUUGGACCCAUCAACCAAGAUCAAACGGCUCUGAAUGUCAGAGCAGGUCUGAGCUUGUUCUGCAUUCCCACCUAAUCCCUACAGCAACAAAGGGAAAGGAGGAGACCUGAACCCAGGGCUGCACACGGGGGUGUGAAAGGUGAGGAUGAAAACAGUUUGGGCACUUCUGGUCCCAACAACUUCAGGUACAUUUGGGGCAGGACAGAGACACCAAAUGGCCAUUGUAAUGCAAGCGUCUCUAGACGGUUUUUGGUAGAAGGGCCUUUUCCUUGUGCCUUGCAAUGAUUCUGGAAAUCUUUAAUGCUAACCUGGCCUAAACACCGAUCUAUUUUUUCCUCUCAUCCAGCUUUUGGAGAGGGAAAGGGAAGCUGCAAAGCAAGUAAGGGAGGUCCCUGCACAAGCUGCUUUGACACCAGCGCACAGCACCUCCCAACUCAGCAUGUCCCCUGCUGCCCCUACGCUUUUUAAACCCCCUCUGUUCACCGUGGCAGGUGACCCGCAGGCAGAGGAGCCAUGUCAAGUGACAAAGCCUCGAGGCAAAAGCCCUGCCACCACUGCAAGAGGAGGUCGACCUCAGCCCCAGUGGGCACCUCCACGAUCCACUACGAGAAGUCCUGGCUGUACCGCCACUGCUCUUCUCUGCAGCAGCGCGACAGGCAAGCUCAGAAGGCCGGGCAGCUUUUCUCGGGGCUGCUGGCCAUGAACGUGGUGUUUCUGGGCAGCGCCUUCAUCAGCAGCAUGAUUUUCAACCACGUGGCCAUCACGCUGGCAGACGUCUGGAUCCUGCUCUCCAUCCUCAAGGUCGUGUGCCUGUGCUGGAUCAUCUACUACCUGCUGGGCACCAGUCGGCAGCCGCACGCCGUGCUCUACCGGGAUUCUCACGCGGGACCAGUCUGGAUUAGGGGGUCACUGCUGCUGUUUGGCAGUUUCAGCGUCCUCCUGAACGUCUUCCAGAUUGGCUACAGCAUAAUACAAAUCCACUGCAAAUCCAAGGUGGAAAUCGUGUUCCCCAGCAUUGAAAUCCUUUUUGUUUCCACCCAGGCUUUUUUUCUGUGGCAUCACUCAAAGGACUGCAUUCAAGUCCAGCACAACCUCACCAGGUGUGGGCUGAUGCUGACCAUAGCCACUAACUUCCUCCUCUGGCUCUUGGCAGUGACCAAUGACUCCAUCCACAUGGAGAUUGAAUCUCAGCUGCGAGAGGUGGAGCAGCGAUUGGCAGGCAAUGAGACUAACUCGUGCGCAUGUCCAAACACAACCACCUGCAAAGUCUUUCAGAAGGGCUACAUCCUGCUCUACCCUUUCAACACUGAGUACUGCCUCAUCUGCUGCUCCGUCCUCUACGUCAUGUGGAAGAACGUGGGGCGACGCAUCAGCCACCACCAUGCCCCUCACACCAAGCCCAAGUUCAAGCUCCAGGGGGUGGUCUUUGGGCCCCUGCUGGGCGCCGCUGCCGUAAUCAUUGGGAUCUGUGUCUUCAUGAUGUACCAGAUCCAGGCCACGGGCUCAGCCCCCAACCGCCAGGUCUUCGUGAUGUAUUAUUCCUACUACAUCGUGCUCCUGCCCCUGAUGAGCGUGGGUGCAGUUGCUGGGACAAUCAUCCAUGCCUUCGAAAAAAGGGAGCUGGACACGCUGAAAAACCCAACCCGCAGCCUGGACGUGAUCCUACUGAUGGGGGCAGCCCUCGGCCAGAUCGCCAUGUCCUACUUCUCCAUCGUCGCCAUUGUGGCCACCAACCCCAAGGACCUGUUGAACAGCCUCAUCCUGUCCUAUUCUGUCCUGCUCAUCUUCCAGUACAUCACCCAAAACAUCUUCAUCAUUGAUGGGCUCCAACGGGAACCAUUCGUAACAGCAAUUGAGGCAAGGCACGCAGGACACUCUGGGCAGCAUUCAGUGACUUCAGAGCUGGCUGGUGAAGAGACGACACCAAGGAGCGCACAGGAGCACGCACAGGCCUCGCCCAAUAAAGAGGAAGAAGUGAGUGAAGAGCAAAAUCAUGAAGCACACGACCAGAGACGAGUGAGUGUGCUGGAGCUCAGGCAGGAGUUCCGGAGAGUCUCUCUGUCCUAUAUCCAUUCCUACUCUCACCUGAGCUGGAAGAGGAAAGCAUUAAAGGAGAUCUCAUUCUUCUUGGUUUUGUGCAACAUCAUACUGUGGAUAAUGCCCACAUUUGGAGCUCACCCUGUGUUUGAGAAUGGACUGGAGAAGUCAUUUUACGGCUACUCUACUUGGUUUGCCAUCGUGAACUUCGGCCUCCCGCUGGGCGUGUUCUACAGAAUGCACUCUGUUGGGGGACUUCUGGAGGUUUACAUCUCAGCCUGAACCAAGCUCUCAUCACUCCAGAGGCUGCAGUGAAACAACGAGGCUGAACAAGGAUGCAGUAAGCAGUGGAUAUGCAUGUGGAAGCUUUUAAGCUUUUUCUCUCCAGCUUCUGCUUUGACUUCUCCUUACACAACAUCUCCAUGAGCUUUUGAAGAAAAUGAUGUUGGUUUAUAUUGUUAUUUUUUCUCCAUAGAGAACAGAAUGAAAAUCCAUUAACUAACUGCCUUACUGCCUUGCAGAAGCACGCUGGCACUUUUCAGUAGCCUGCCAAUGGAUACUGUAUGGUAAAGUGGGACUUUACCAGCUGCUAUUGAACUCUUCCAGACAAAAGAAUGUAAGAGCAGCCUGCAGCGAGAGCAGAGGCUGACCUACACUCCACAGAACUUCAAAAUCCACAGCCAAGGACCUUCAGCCCCACCACUGCUUGCCAACCCACCGCCCUGCAGCACAGAAAAGCCCUAACAGUAUCAGGCCCACUAGAAGCACAAACUCCCAGUCGUUCAGAAAUAAACCAAAAAUACAAUUUGUGUGAUUUCCAAAUGGACCAUUAUGCUGGGAGCUGCUGUAGUGAUCACUAACACUUAUCCUUACUGCUGCUUUGCACAUCCACAAACAUUUCCCAAGGUCCACGUGAAGGAAUACAGUUCCACAGUGUGGUGCCUGAUCAAAGACCUGUUCAUAUGUGCUCCGUAGGAGCUGCUUGCUUGGAAAGCACAUGGGGGUGCAAGGGGGCUAACGACUAUGGGCCUUAAAAACAGACUGAUGAAUGGAAAUAAA